AUGGAGGGCCAGGGAGCCAUCAAGACCGAGACAUCUGGGCAUCCACCGACACCUCGGCAGGUACGCAUCCAAGCCGAUUCCCGGCAAGCCUACUCCCCUGAGGUGACAGAGGCUCUUCGCGAGCGUGUUGCGAUGUUGGAGACUUUAUUGGCAAAGGGCUCGCCUUUGAAGGUUGGCAAGGGACUUCCCCCUCCGAGACAAGACGAGGAAUCAUCGUCGCGAACACUGAGUGAGGACUCGGUAGCUGCGCGAAGUGCUCCAGUUCGCACUCCCGUAGCAAGCCAGCGCAGCCGAAGCGUGCGCAUUUCCAACCAGAGCAGUUGCUUCGACUCCAAAAGCGGUGGCGGAAGUCCACGCCAUGAGGCAUCCGACUCCAGUAAGCACAGUGUGGAAAAGAUGGGGAAGGCGGACUCUGAAGGAACAUCCGACAUCGCUGAAGGUGAAAUAGCUCCAAAAUCAGCAGCGGAGCAAGGAGGAGCCAGUGCGAAAAGCUUACCGAAGGGCAAAGGGCCGCCCCCUCCGCAAGGAGGUGCGAAGGGAGCUUUUUCAGCACCGCCACCGCCGGCGCCCGGGAAGGGCAAGGGGAAAGGCAAGCCCGCUCCUCCGAAGGCUCCACCGCGAGCAGGGGCAAAGGCUGGGCUCACCAAGGAAGCACAUAAUCCGAGAAAGGCAGAGAUUCAGCCACGACUUCCCAUGAAAAAGCUCUUCUGGAAUGCGUUCGUGCUGGAUGACGAGCACCUCCGAAGCUGUGAAAAUGUAUGGGCAGCAAUCGAGAAGGAGAAUGCAGACCUCUACAGCUUCGACGUGCAGGAGCUAGAACAGCUUUUUUCGGAAACGUCGUCUCGCUCUGGAGUGCAAACUCCCGUGUCACACGGAGGCAGCUCGGCGGUGCACCGACGAACCAGACUCAGAGCAAGAGUGUUUGAGGAAUCCCGCCGUCGACAGGUCUGCAUAAUGCUUGCUCGACUACCGCCGGUAGAGACGACCGUCAAAGCGAUCCAUGACAUGGAUGAUGAUUGCUUGGACAAGGACCAGGUGGAGCUUCUCCUGGCGACAGCACCUACUGCAGAAGAGCUUACCAUGCUUCAUGCUGCAGCGAAGGAGAUGCCUGAGAAGGCCUCCCUGCCCUGGGAUGAUGCUGAAGAUUUUGUGUGGAAACUUGCCGAGGUGGGACACUUCCUAGUAAGACUCCAGACAUGGUCCUUUGAGAAUGCAUUCGAAGAGCGCUUUCACAUCUUCCACUCGGCCGUGACGGAAGUCAAGGAUGCGUGCCAUGCGCUAAGAGAUUCGCACAGGAUUCCAAGGCUGCUGGGCAUCACUCUUAAUGUGGGCAAUUACUUGAAUGCCGGAACAUCUCGAGGCAGAGCCGACGGCUUCUCUGUCGAGGUUUUGUCUCAGAUGCGGGCAUUGAAGGGCCAGGCAGCAUCGUCCAGCUCUGCGAGCACAUUGCUGGACUUCGUGGUACGUCAAGCAGAGCGCAGCAAGCCAGGCGAGCUUCUUCAGUUGUUUGGCGAAGUUGGUGAGGCAACGCUGGUUCAGAGAGCUUUCCGUCACAAUCUGAAGGAGCUGUCUUUGGAGUUGACUGCCUAUUGCGUCCAGGCCCGUGGCCUGGCAAGGCAGGGCGUCGCAUCUUGCUGGGGCCGGUCAGCUUGUUUCAGAGCAGAUGGCAUAGGAAGCCAGCAGCGCGCAUGGGAUGUUGGCAUCGCGUUCCAACAUGCAGUCGAGAUAGACACAGCACCGAGUCUUGCGGGGAUCGCGGCGCAUCGCGUGGGAACUCACGUCCACCUGGAAUCAAACGUGGAUGGCAAAAUGUGCCCACGAAGUCUUGGGCGUGUGCCGGGUGAAGAACCCGUCCUUCCCGUCCUUCCGUGCGGUAUCGACCAGGAGUCGUCUGCCAAUGCCAAUCCUGCCCAUCUCCUCUGGCAAGAGCGUGUGGACAAGGAGAGGAAGCUGGCCAAGAGGCAGAUCAUGAAGCAGCUUGCCCCGGAUGGCGAGGAGCAGGGGGAUGCAGAGCCGGAUGCACCGCCACUGCAUGAUUUGCAUCAGUGCAUGUCCUUGCCGGCUCUAGGAGCAUCGAGCUUCACACCCAUGCUUCCGAAGAUUGGGACUUCGGCGUCCAGAAGCAUGACAGGUAGGCGACCUGGCAGCACCGCUAGUGUCGCCUCACUGCGAAGCGCUCAGCAAAGACCAAGUCAAUCAGCUUCGAGGAGUUCUCUCACCGGUUUGACGACGGCAUCUCUUCGCAAGGAGGUACAGGAGGCGGUCGCAGCCGAGGUGGCCAAGAUGAUGCAACCUCUCAAGGAAAAGCUUCAAGCCGAGCAGACGACCAGGCAGCGCUUGGAGAAGAUGCUCAAGGUGGCCAAAGGGCAGCAGGCCUAG